UUCUCUCUCUUUCUUUUUUGCUCUUGCUCUCGAUCUUUCUCUCUCUCUCCCUCUCUCUCCCCACCCCUAAACCAAAAAGACAGGGAUAGUUGUCUUAUUAUUAGUGACUUAAAUGAUGCUUUUGAACAAGAAGAUGCUGGGUACUUUUGGUGACUAGCACCAUCCCACUUUUUUUUCUUUUAAAUUCCUGAGCUAUUGUUUACUAGUACACUCUUUUAUUCCUAUGUCUACUAUAGCUGAAUGUUACUUGGGUGGAAAGCCUAAUUGCUUUCUUUUCUAGGUCCUUAAACCCUUUGCUAAUGUUUCUGUCUGAGAGUUCCCAAAGCCAGGGUUCUAGGAGAGUUUGGCAUGUCUGAGCAGCUGAACCACGAAAUAAUGGAGUAGGUCCGGCCGGGCCUGCCGGCCUUUAGGUGCCGCGUUCUCUUGAGGCCUCGGCCAUGCCUGCCCACGAGGAAGGCCCCUGAAGCUCGCCUGAAGAAAGAAGCAUGCAGGGCGCCCCUGGAGGAGGCGUGGGCCCUGGCCCGUCCCCUGUGGACAGGUGGAUGCUCCUGGUCUUCAGCUUUAUUCUGGCAGCAGCUUUGGGCCAAAUGAAUUUCACAGGAGACCAGGUUCUUCGAGUCCUGGCUAAAAAUGAGCAGCAGCUUUCAGUUCUCAGGGAUCUGGAGGGCCUGAAGCCCCAGAAGGUGGACUUCUGGCGUAACCCAGCCAGGCCCAGCCUCCCUGUGGAUAUGAGAGUUCCUUUCUCGGAACUGAAAGACAUCAAAGCUUACCUGGAGUCUCACGGCCUUGCUUACAGCAUCAUGAUAAAGGACGUGCAGGUGCUGCUGGAUGAGGAGAGAGAAGCCAUGGCAAAGUCCCGCCGGCUGGAGCGCAGCACCAGUAGCUUCAGCUACUCCUCUUACCACACCCUGGAGGAGAUCUAUAGCUGGAUCGACAACUUUGUAACUGAGUAUUCAGAUAUUGUCUCAAAAAUUCGGAUUGGCCACAGCUUUGAAAAUCGGUCCAUUCUUGUCCUGAAGUUCAGCACUGGAGGUUCUCAGCGCCGGGCCAUCUGGGUUGACACUGGAAUCCACUCCCGGGAGUGGAUCACCCACGCCACUGGCAUCUGGACUGCCAAGAAGAUUGUCAGUGAAUAUGGCAAAGACAGCACCCUGACAAACAUACUGAACACCAUGGACAUCUUCAUGGAGAUUGUCACCAACCCUGAUGGGUUUGCAUUUACCCACAGCAUGAACCGCCUGUGGCGGAAGAACAAGUCCACCAGACCUGGAAUCUUCUGCAUUGGUGUGGAUCUUAACAGGAACUGGAAGUCAGGCUUUGGAGGAAAUGGUUCUAAUGACAACCCCUGCUCAGAGACUUAUCGUGGGCCCUCCCCUCAGUCGGAGCCUGAGGUGGCGGCCAUUGUGGACUUCAUCACUACCCAUGGGAACAUCAAGGCUCUGAUCUCCAUUCACAGCUACUCUCAGAUGAUCAUGUACCCUUAUGGCCAUUCACUGGAGCCGGUUCCAAACCAGAAGGAGUUGUACAAUCUUGCCAAGGACGCAGUGCAGGCCCUGUAUGAGGUCCACGGGAUCGAGUACAUUUAUGGCAGCAUCAGCACCGCCCUCUAUGUGGCCAGCGGGAUCACUGUCGACUGGGCCUAUGACAGUGGCAUCAAGUACUCCUUCACCUUCGAGCUCCGGGACACGGGGAGCUAUGGCUUCCUGCUGCCGGCCUCCCAGAUCGUCCCCACGGCCCAGGAGACGUGGCUGGCGCUUCGCGCCAUCAUGGAGCACACCCUGAAUCACCCCUACUAGCAACACCACUCAGGGCAGAGCAGGAGCAUUCAUUCCCUUCCCCAAGGCCUGGGGCUCCUCCUGAAACCCAAGUGAUACAUCGUCCUCCCCACACCCUUACCCUGACCCCUUAGGAAAUAAAUAACAAGUUUGAACAGGC